GUCAAACUCGGCUGACUCGGUUGGCGGUCCGCGGAAUCGCUGGUAGAUCAGAGCAUAUCCACCACCGUCUUUGAAUUGUCUGGAGUCGUGGCUUAGAUGGCCGAAAUUCAGACCAAGGUUAUCCUUGUAGGCUUAGGUGGUGCCACUUGCUCAGGAAAGACUACUCUAGCGAAGCAUCUGAAGAACAUACUGCCCAAUAGUGUCAUUGUGCAUCAGGAUGAUUUUGCUCCACCUGAGGAACUACUCCCCAUAAAGCAUGGCUACCAGGAUUGGGAUGCUCCAGAUUGCGCAAUUGACUACCCACGACUUUCCAAAUUUUUGAAGCACGUGAAAGACACAGGAUGCAUACCAGAUGAUCAUAGAAGCCAUGAUCAUUUGAACAAGCACACGGAUUUACCUAUAGAAGCAGAGUGUCAACGCCGUCUGGCUGAGAACUUCAGAGUUAUCCAAGAUCAAGUCAAGGAGAGCGAUCACAUCAAUAUAGUGUGGGGCUUGGUGGACGGGUUUCUGUUGUAUUGGAAUCAGGAAGUCACAGAACAGCUAGAUAUGCGCUUCUUACUCCGUCUUCCACUCAAGACAUUGGAGGGCCGAAGGAGAGCGCGGCAGGUUUACAUCACAGCAAAGGGGGACGCAUGGGUAGAUCCUCCUGACUACUGGGAGACGAUCGUGCUCCCUGCAUACCUAGACGCACACCGCGAAAUAUUCGAGGGUGGUGAUGUUGAGAAUGGGGGCUUGACAAAUAAGGUGGAAGGUCUUGUUUUAAUCGAGCCUGAGAAAGAGGACAAAGAGAUGAGCAUGACGGAUAUUGUUGAAAGGUGCUGCCAAGAGUUAUAUCAGCUUGUCAAGGCGGAGCAAGUAGGGAGUUAAAGCAUAGACUGCGGUCUCAUUAUCGGGUGUUUUUUUACAGUGUACCACAGAUCAUGCGAUAGAAUUUUAGAUGAUUCCCCUCCACGAUUGGUACAACAGAUAAUUUUGUUUGUGAAAGAGGAACACCGGGAUAGGUUUCCGGAAGGAUAAA